UGUCCGGUUAUAAUUAGUAAGCUACUAACCGACAAUUGCAUUUUGAUCCAAUGGGGCAGUACAUUGAAAAAAAAAUAUUCGUAAUGAUAUUUGAAAAAGAAGACCGUUUUUGUCCAGUGUUCAGUUUUGCUGGGUGACACUAGAGGUAGCGAAUAUUGCGCACCAGUGUGUGAGGGAGUCUGCUUGGUAGCAGCCACUUUAUAUAUUGCUAAUAAAGCCGUAUCUGGAUAGUCUGGAUAGCUGUCUCCAGUUUGCCUCCGCCUUGAGAGGCGGGUUACGAAAUCUAGGCAACGGAAAACACAACAACUUGCCACAAUUGUCUUUGUUUCAGGCUCUAAUUGAACAUGCUUCCUGGACCGGAGCUAACAUUACUGCUCUGGAUCUUCAGUUGCAUCAGCAGCCUCAGCGUAGCAUCUUCAGCAUCCCGGAAAUGUGACGAGGCAUUGGCCACUCCGCUCUCCCACGCGGCUUUCACCAGCUCGUCCGUGUACUCCGGUGGAUAUGGGGCUGGAUACGCAAAGCUCAAUAGGAGAGGAGGUGCUGGAGGCUGGUCUCCAGUGGACGCUGAUCGUUACCAGUGGUUGCAGGUGGACCUGGGCACCAGGAAGCAGGUGACCUCCAUAGCCACGCAGGGCCGCUACAGCAGCUCUGAUUGGACGACACAGUACAGACUCUUGUAUAGUGAUACAGGCAGGAACUGGAGACCCUAUCUGCAGGAUGGAAACAUAUGGGCAUUUUCAGGCAACUCCAACAGCGAGAGUGUGGUUCGACACGAUCUGCAACAUGCUGUCAUCGCACGCUAUGUCCGAAUCAUCCCACUGGAAUGGAGUCAAGAGGGGAGGAUUGGCCUGCGGGUGGAAAUCUAUGGCUGUUCCUACUGGUCCGACGUGAUCAGCUUCGAUGGACAGGGUGUGAUCUCUUACCGCUUCAAGAUGAAGAAGAUGAAGAUUCUGAAAGACGUCAUCUCCCUGAAGUUUAGGACCACAGCCAGUGACGGGGUGCUCAUCCAUGGGGAGGGACAGCAGGGAGACUACAUCAGCCUGGAGCUGAAGAGGUCCAAACUACUGCUCAUGAUCAACCUGGGCAGCAAUCAGUACGGCUCCAUCCUCGGGCACACCUCUGUGACCAGCGGAAGCUUGUUGGACGAUGACCAUUGGCAUGCUGUAAUUAUUGAGCGUUACAGGCGGAAUGUGAACUUCACCCUGGAUCGCCACACACAGCACUUCCGCACCAACGGGGAGUUUGAUCACCUUGACCUGGAUUAUGAGAUCAGCUUCGGAGGCAUGCCUGUCUCAGCCAAGCCCAGCUCGGGGGGCAGGGAGAACUUUGUUGGCUGCAUGGAGGGCAUCACCUACAACGGGGAUAACAUUACCAACCUGGUCAAGAGGAAGAAAGUGGAUACUUCCAGUUUUAGAAACCUGACGUUUUCCUGUAGCGAGACGCAAUCCUUCCCCGUGUUCUUCAACGCCACCAGCUUCCUGCAUCUUCCGGGGCUGCAAGACAGUGACACCCUGUCGGUCAGCCUGUCCUUCCGGACGUGGAACCCCAGCGGCCUGCUCCUCUACACAGCCCUAGCCGAUGGCGUGGUGGAGGUGGGCCUCACAGAGGGAAAGGUCACGGUCUACAUUAACGUCACCCAGAAGAAGAACACACGUAUAGACAUCUCCUCGGGUUCAGGGCUCAACGACGGCCAGUGGCAUAGCGUCUACCUCCAUGCCCUGGAGAACUAUGCCAUGUUGACCAUCGAUGGCGACGAGGCUUCCACCGUCAGAACAGUCAUUCCCAUUCAGAUUAGAACUGGAGGCCAAUACUACUUCGGAGGCUACUUCCUGCGUACCAACACUCCCCCUGCUCAGCGCUCCUUCCAGGGCUGUAUGCAACUGAUCCACGUGGACGACCAGCUAGCUGACCUGCCGGCUGUAGAGAAAGGCAACACAGGAACAUUUGAGAAUGUCAGCCUGGAUAUGUGUGCUAUCAUAGACAGAUGUGUUCCUAACCACUGUGAACACGGAGGCCGCUGCUCUCAGACCUGGGACACUUUCAGCUGCUCCUGUAAUGGGACGGGAUACACUGGAUCCACGUGUCACACCUCCGUGUACGAGCAGUCAUGUGAGGAAUACAAACACCUUGGUAAAACAUCUGGCACUUAUUGGAUCGACCCUGAUGGGAGUGGCCCUGUGAGCCCCUUCAAAGUCAACUGCAACAUGACUGAGGACAUGGUGUGGACGACAGUGAGAAACAACCUGUCUCCCCAGACCCCAGUGAGUGGCUCAGACUUGGAGGGGAAAGCUGUGCUGAAGCUCAACUACAACAUGUCCACAGAGCAGGUAACAGCCAUCACUAGCAGCGCGCAGUAUUGCGAACAGCAUGUAGCCUACGCCUGUCGCAUGUCCCGGCUGCUCAACACGCCAGAGGGAUCUCCAUUUACGUGGUGGGUUGGCAGGGCCAAUGAAAGGCACCAUUACUGGGGUGGUUCCGGCCCAGGGAUCCAGAAGUGUGCCUGUGGCAUAGAGAGGAACUGUACUGACCCCAAGUACUACUGCAACUGUGACGCUGAUCAAACGCGCUGGAGAGAGGAUUCUGGUCUCCUGGUUUAUAAAGACCACCUGCCUGUGACUCAGGUGGUGGUUGGUGACACCGGUCGCUCUGGCUCUGAGGCUAAGCUGACUGUGGGUCCACUCCGGUGUCAAGGAGAUGGCAACUACUGGAACGCGGCGUCCUUCAACACCCCGGCGUCCUACCUGCACUUCCCCACCUUUCAAGGGGACACAAGUGCUGACAUCUCCUUCUACUUCAAAACCUCUUCUUCGUACGGUGUCUUUCUGGAAAACCUCGGCAACGCUGACUUUAUUCGCCUGGAACUGAAAGCUGCUGCGGUGGUGUCCUUCUCCUUUGAUGUGGGCAACGGUUUGGUGGAGCUGACCGUGAGGUCGUCCACCCCUCUUAACGAUGACCAGUGGCACAGAGUGGUGGCCGAACGCAACGUGAAGGAGGCUGUGCUGCAGCUGGAUGGCCAGUACAAGGAGGUCCGGCCCGCGCCCCCACAAGGUCACACCCGUCUGGAGCUCUACAGCCAGCUGUACGUGGGUGCAUCGGGUGGUCAAAGGGGGUUCCUCGGAUGUAUCCGGGCCCUUAAGAUGAACGGCGUCACCCUUGACCUGGAGGAGAGGGCAACGGUCACCCCAGGGGUUAAGCCGGGCUGCUCGGGCCACUGCACCAGUUACGGGCAGCACUGCAGGAAUGGCGGGAAGUGCAUGGAAAAAUACAACGGCUACUCGUGUGACUGCACCCUGACUGCCUAUGACGGGCCCUUCUGCACGGAAGACGUGGGUGGCUUCUUUGAGAGUGGAACGCUCGUUCGCUAUGACUUCCUACCCGAGGGGGGCCUCCCGGCCAUGGCGAAUGUGAAAAGCCUCUCUCCGCUCCUGCCCAUGGAGGGUAACCUGACACAGGAGGAGCUGGUGUUCAGCUUCAGCACCUCCAACGCCCCCAGCAUCCUGGUCUACAUCAGUUCCAGGACCCAGGACUACCUGGCCGUCGUGCUCAGACACAAUGGAACACUUCAGAUCCGCUACAGACUCGGAGGCCUGAGGGAGCCGUACACCAUCGACCUGGACCACCGUAACAUGGCCAAUGGGCAGCCUCACCACGUCAACAUCUCCAGGCAGGAGAGGAACAUACGCCUGCAGUUGGACCAUUACCCCGCGGUCAGCUACACUCUGCCCGACGGCUCGGACACCCAGUUCAACCUGGUCAAGACCAUUUUCCUGGGGAAAGUGUUUGAAACUGGACAGAUCGACCCGGUUCUCAUAGAGAAAUACAACACGCCAGGGUUUGUGGGCUGUCUGUCCAGAGUUCAGUUCAACAACGUGGCCCCUCUGAAGGCAGCACUGAGGUCUGGCAUCGUUGCCCCAGUGACCACUCAUGGCAUCCUGGUGGAAUCCAACUGCGGCGCGUCCCCUCUGACCAUCUCACCUAUGGCUGCUGCCAACGACCCCUGGCACUUGGACUCAGCUGGUGCUGUAUUCCCAUUCAAUGAAGAACGAGUUAGUCGGGAUGGAAUUGAUCGGAACUCUGCAAUUAUUGGAGGUAUCAUCGCUGUGGUCAUCUUCACCAUCCUCUGCACUCUGGUGUUCCUAGUUCGCCAUAUGUUCCGUCACAAGGGCUCCUACCACACCAAUGAGGCCAAAGGGGCGGAGUCUGCAGACUGUGCCGAUGCAGCCAUCAUUGUCAAUGACCCGGCCUUCACAGAAACCAUUGACGAGAGCAAGAAGGAGUGGUUCAUCUAAUUCCAUCUAGUCAGACAUUUACAUUUCGGUACUGUGUCCAUUGCUCCUCAACGUGCGGGGGCGAGGCAUUCUUUGAUGACGAUGAUGAAGAACGGGGCAGAGGGAGAUGUCCCAGGGACUAAAUGCGGGCAUUGGCUGGCUUGUCUAUAAUGUAUUUACAUUGAGUGAGGAGUUGGAGGAUUUCUUUUCAUUCACAUGGAGACAUUAUUUCAACUGUUGCAUCCCCUGGACUGAGGAUGAAAAAUAAUAUCACUUUUUCGUUGAUAUUUGUUUGCAUUACAGUUGAUGAUAUGUCUUAAUGAUUGGAGAUUUGAUUAUGCCUGCAUUUAAUGGGCCAGUAACAUACUGCACACUUUUUUUUUUCUCCUUUGCUGCCAAAUUAGUAUUUCUAAUAAGUUGCUUAGAGACUAAAUGCUUUGGAAAAGAAUAACCUUCGGAAAAAAAACAAAUGUACAAAACAAUUGAUGUCACAGACAUUGGAUUGUAAUGUAUUGAUUUGAUUGCACCACUCCUUUUUGUAUGUAAAAUACAAUGGCAUGCUACAAGAUUAUGGCACCUCUAUAUUGCACCAUUCCACAAAGUAGCACUGGUAUUUUGUCACAAAUGUGUCUUUAGCUAGCAGAUUUGAUUUUUUUUUGUGCCAAAUUUUUAUGUGCUUUAUCUGUUCCCAGUCAACAUAUGAGAAUGGUUCUUAGAAAGAUUGUAAUUUGGUAUAUGACAUAGUCACAUUUGUUGACAUUGGGGUAUUUGUGACUUUUUGUCAGAGUAUUGCUGUGGUAUUGUUAAAGCUUAUAGUACAAACAAGCAUUAUAACAGUAACCACAAUAUCUGGCUUAAUCCAACGUGCCUUCAGGAUUCAGACACUUAGCCCUCAGCUUUGGACUAUUUAAUUCUGAGCACACUGUCCCGUGAAUAUCUAAGUAAAGAAAUACUUUAAGGUAAAUAAGGAGGCAUUUAUAAUGGUGGCUAUAUGCUAACAGGAAAGAGCAUGACUUAUGUUCAACUGUUUCCAUGAAGAACAGUAUACUAUACACCAUACAUGCUCUUAACGAAUGCCCAAACUUACAGGCCUUUGUUGAUAUCAAUGUGUAUAGUUCUAUAGGUACUAUUAUAUUUGGGCUGUUGUCAACUACUGUGAGGUUGUAUGUUUUCUGUCUAAUCACUUCAUUUUCUUAUUCAUAAUUCGUUUUUACAUGGUGAGUCUUAAUGAUGACCCACAAUGUCAAACGGCUUUCUGUUACAAGUGCCAACAUGACUAUGUCUGCCUUUCUCUGUGGUUAGAUUCUCAUAUUCACAUCAUGUGGGGUUGGGAAUUGGUGUGAUUAUAUCAGAGCUACAGAGACAACACAGUGUGUGCUGAAGAAAAGACCUGGAGGAUUAGAGGAGCUAAGCUGAAUGUGUACAGCAUGACCACACUGAAAACCUUUUAAAUUAACAGGAAAUUAAUAGCUGUUACUGUUGAAGGCUGUAACAGCAUUCUGCCAACAGAAUGUAUCCUUGCAUAAGUCAGUGUCACACAUGCCUACAGCAAUCUCAGUCAGAAGAUAAAAUCAAUGAAAUUGCACACCCAAACACAAACAAGCAUUGUUUUUGUUGCUUUUUUCAUAUGUAUGGUAUUACUGUGAAUCUUGAUUUAUCUCACUUGUAAAUGUUGGUAUAUUUUUGUGAAGGGACGCAAAACUUUGGUUGUACUUCAUGUAUUUGAGCUAAUUUGGAUUUGAAUAUCACAUAGUUAACAAAACGUACUAUUUUCUAAGUCAAUAUUAUGAUAGGACACUUGAUUACUGUAGAGCAACACUUAUGACAAAGCAUGGGCUUGCACAUCAUCAGAAUGUCUGUCACACAUCCCUGUUCACCGUGUAAGAUACAGUAUAAAAAUGUAAUAUUAGAGCAUAGGAUAUAGCAUACUGAUAUUAUGGACAAUACAUUUUUAUUUAUUAGAUUACCUGUAGCGUGUUGCUGAUAACUACUCUUGGCAUAAUAACCACUCAAAUGGCAUCAGGUUGUUCAUUCCAUUGCUUAAUUAAAGUUUUUCCUUUUUAUUAGCAGCAUGACAUGUAAACAAACAACAGUAGCCUACCACAUUGCAGUAUAUAUUUUACAUAAAUUCUUUGGAAAUAUUUUGUAUAUUUCUUAUUUGAGGAAUGAUGUGCAAAAGCCUUUUUAUAAUAUAUUUUCGUUAAUUUCAUUGCAAUUACAAUUAAAUAGCAGUUUUCUUUUUUGAUAUUCCGUGUGAAAAACAUAACUUGUUGAAUAUGUAUUUUACAGUGGCUUGAGAUCAUGUCCCUGAAAAUUUUAAUAUUUUUCAACUUAACAUUUUUGUGUUAUUUUAGUUCAGUAUUGUAUGUCAGGCCUGAGAUUGCAUAUGUAAUGUGAUUUUGUCUUAAUAUAAAACAUUAAACAAGCCUUGCCAGACAAAUAGUGUGGGUGAUUCAUCAUAAGAUGUGAUUUGUUUGCUUAGGUCUAUGUCCCUAGAGUUUGAAACUUUUUAAUAGCAGUGCACAGUGGUAGCUAACUGUAUUUACUGUGUUGAUGUGAAAGUUCCAAUUAGUCUGA